AGGCAUCAGUCAGGCCUAAGCCACGCCCCUCGUCCCGUUCAGUCUUUAGCUGUAAUGCUCCUCCGUGUUUAAUACUGUGUUUAGUGUAGUGAGCCAAGCACGUAUUUGCCGAGAUCUCUUCUAAAGCAGCUGUUUUCCCCUUGUGUUUCGCAGAAUCUUUUUAGGAGCCCAACAUGCCUAAAAACAAGAAAACAGACAGGGAUGCAAAGGAUGAGCCUCAGAGGAGAUCUGCUCGUUUAUCAGCAAGACCAGCUCCUGUGAAGGCCGGACCCAAACCAAAAAAGACAGCUAAGAAAGACAAAGCAGCCAGUGUCAAAAGAGAGGAUAAAAAGACCAAGGUGAAGGCCAAGGAGAGCUCAGAGUCUGCAGCCAACGAGGAGAACCACUCUGAAAACUGAGAGGCCAAGACCAGUGCAGUCACAAAGACUCAAAAAGAAACGAAUGAAGCGAAGUCGGGGGAGCACUCUUGCCUCCCAUCAACACUGUCGUCCUAGCUCAUCACUCCUAGUGUUGUGUCAUUGUCAACCUCCAAGGCAUAUUGUUAACAGAGAAAUAUUUUUAUCAAUGGUUUUAUAAGUAUCAGCAUUGAUUUUUUUUUUAGCACAAACUGAAGCUAAAUGCUGAGCACCUUGUAGAUUCACAGUGAUUGUUUCUGUGAGAAUGCCACACUAAAGGUAUUUUUAAAUGCCAUUUAUUGUUACUGAUAACUUAUUUGGUCUAGAAAAAAAUCAUACGUCAUCAAGUUUUCUUAAAAAGUUGAGGGAAAUCAACCUGAUUUGAGAGAGCUGAUAUAUUUCACUGUACCUUGCAACAACAACAACAAAAAAAACAAGCAAAAAAAUAAAAUUCUAAAAGUUAAAAAUGGCAGCUUAUUAAAUGUUUUCAUGCAAAUUGUAAUUUUUUUUUACCAUGUGAUUCUGACGUGUUGAAGUCUGCAGGUUAUGAUGUACACUCUCUGAUGUUGCAGUGUCUGCUAAUAAAGAAAAUGGUGGAAUUUUCCUCA